AUGGAUCCACUAGUGAAAAUACGAGAAUGCUACAAAUUGAAUAGAGAAAUCAAAUAUAAGCUUGAAAAUAAUUUCGUCGAAAAUUUAAAGGAUUCUACCAGCAUUUUAAUAGACAACACACCUUUCAAUAAAGAUCAGAAAACUAAACUAUACCUCAAUGACGAGUUUCUUACUUUGGACAUUUUAGUUAACUUAUUGAAUUAUAAAGACAAACCAUUCAUCGAUUAUGUCAAAUUAUCAAAAGAUGCGAACAUUCCUUUCAUUUCCGCUUUAGAUAGGAAGUCUAUCAUUGAUUAUCUCACUGGAGUGACAGACAGCCAUAAGUACAUACAGGACAGCUCAUCUAAUAAGAAACGCUUUGUCACGAACCAACAAGAUAGAGAGAUUGUCAAGAAGAUUAAACAGAAUGAGAUCGAUCUUGACGAUAGACUCACCUGUUUGAGAGCUGAUAAACAGUUAAAUUAUUCAUCUAUACAGCAGUCAGUAGCUAACAAACUAGCUUCUUUCAACAAACCAAGACAUCAGCAAUCAAGCAGCACUCAACAAAAGAAACCCACGAAUAUGUCACCAAUCAUUAUCAUACCAUCCUCUCCUACUUCUCUAAUAUCGAUAUUUAACGUUAAAUCCUUCCUCUCAGACGCCACUUUCCAAACAACUCAACAAGCGAAACAAUCUAACGAUUCACCCGAUGAUCUGAUAACCGUAUACAGAACAAAAAAUUCACAGCAUUCUUCAAAGUGGUAUAUUAUUAAUUCGGUAGAGACUCUCAAUAAGUUUGGUCCAGAUGCAUGGGAAAGAGUCGUCGCUGUUUUUACUACAGGUCAGCUAUGGCAGUUUAAACAAUAUAAAUGGUCUGAUCCACGUGAUUUAUUCAGAAAUGUUAAAGGCAUUUACAUGCACUACUCAAACGAACCAAUAAACGCGAAUAUUAGAGACUGGAAUGUAUCCACUUUUGCUAUCGACAAAGACAAACGACACACCGAUAAAUCACUCGUAUCAAACUUCUGGAGACAGCUAGAUAGCUGGAUAGCUGCUAAUAAGCCACAUCUGAACACUUAGUACUUGAUUUUGUAAAUUAACACACGUUUAUAUUCUU